UACCUGGCCAGGCAUCACGAGGACACACCUGUGUUGCACGUCACCAUAGAGAUUGGUCUAGCUCUCGGACGCUCGAAGCUGAUUGAAACCGUCUCCAACAAUACCAUAUUGUCCGACAUAGAGAAAGCUCGUGCGCCCAACUAUCCUAUUUCUUGCCAUUCUCUGAACGAAAACACACGCAAGAACCAUCUGUUGGAUUCACGGAUACGAUGGGCUGUGGCUUCGCUGAACAGACUGUGUUCACUGGGUGAACAUUGUUCGACUUUUUGAAGCAUUUUAACCUAGAGGAAUGACCAGUUUCGAGGGCGGAGACUAGCAAACAACAACAUUGUGUUGUACAUCUUCUUUGGACGACAAGCUAACAUGGCUUGACGAAACCAAGCUAAAACUAUCGUUCGGGCCGUUUUGGAUGUUUAUGCUUUUGCGUGAAAGGCGCACACAACGAGGAACCAUGGAGCUUGCUUGCCAACUCCCUAAAAUGAAUAGGUGCUGAGGACUGCAGAACAAACCAAAUUCAUUCUAUCAUAUCCUGACGGACCUCACUGCGCGCCGUCCUCAAAAUAUCUACGCAUGUGAGAAUAUUUGUCGUUAUCGAACAUUUAUGGAACAUUACAAUACCAUUCUCCUGCAAAGAAAUCGUAACGUAGACCCAUGUGGGUACAGUAGCCAGCGUGUUGUAGCCUGCAUUCCAGAAGCGGUUUAUUGUAGCCUGUAGCUUACAGCGAGCGUGUCGACAUUAAAAACUGGAAAGUCUAACUUAGUGUUCGGAUUUUCCUUUUGAGAACGAAAGAUUCGUAUCCAUAUAAAGUUAUUCUUUAAGUCCGUGAUCGCGGAGGACGAACAAAAGGGAAACAUGAGGAAUACCGAGGAGACGGACGGCUUUGAUGGCGAGGCCUCCAAUACUUCCAUGAUCUCGGGUGCAAGUAGCCCGUACCAGCCGACUACGGAGCCCGUACACGCCAGAAAUGUACUGGGAGGCAUCAGGUGUGACAUAGAGUACCUGAGGUCGCACUUCGGCAUUUUAAAAAUCAUCGAAGUGGCCUUGGCACUCAUCUCCUUCAUCUGCAUCGAGACCAUCAUGAUGUGCUCGCCGUGCGGAGGCAUCUACUUCUUUGAGUUUGUGAGCUGCAGUGCCUUCGUCGUCACCGGAGUCCUCCUCCUCAUCUUCAGCCUCAACCUGCACACCAAGGUGCCCCAUAUCAACUGGAACCUGACGGACCUGGUCAACACGGUGGUCAGCACCUUCUUCUUUUUGCUGGCGUCCAUUGUGCUGGCGGCGGUCAACCAGUCUGGCGCAGGAGCAGAUGUCAAAAGUGUGGAGGGGAGUCGGAAAUCCGGAGCAGAAAUCGCUGCCGUGGUGUUCGGCUUCCUGGUGACGGGGGUGUACGCAUUCAACUGCUACCUGGCAGUGCGACGCUGGAGGCGGGGGGACGGCCAGGCCGGUCAGCUCACCAGCGAGUACAUGCGCGCCCGCACCGCGUCCCGAGGCGAGGUGGAGGCGCGGCCUGAGCUCCAGUGACCAAUCCACACAGCCCGCUCCCCCACGGGGAGCCCUCUCCCCUCAUUCCCAUCAUCCCUUUCUGCCAGAGUCUUCACAUGGACUGGGUUGGCUCGGUUCGGUCCGGUUCGGUCCGGUUCGGUCCGGUUCAGCUCAGCUCAGCCAGGCACAAGCUCGGCACAGCAGUGCCACCAUGAAGGCUUUUCACCCAACUGGUCUCAAAGACUGGAGCCGCCCACCUCUGCUAUACAAGAUGGAGGAUGGUUAUCGGCAUUAUGCGCCAGGAUUUAGUCACAUGAGAGACAGUCACAGUGCUGUUUGUGUGCUAUCCUGACACACACACACACACACAUACACACAUAUACAUACACACACACAUGCACACUUUACAACUAUUUGUAAAAUGCAUUUAAAUCAUGUGACUGCCAAGAUUCUCAAUUUGAAGGAUGUGUGUGUGUGUGUGUGUGUGUGUGUGUGUGUGUGUGUGUGUGUUAUGUCUGUAUAUUCACCAGAAGAUAUUCAAGGAUCAGAAUGAGCAAAGGUCUCCUGAAGUUCCUCAUGAAGAGUAAGGACACACACUGUUGGACGUGCAACAUGAUGGGGUUUGGGACAUGUGUAUCUGAGCCAUACAAACCAUUUAGAAGCACUUUCUGUCAUCAGUAAAAACAACUUCACACCUAGCCUGUUGAGAAGCACCUAAGCCUGAUGCAUGCAAGCAUUGUGUGACUUGUUCUGUACCACACACACACACACACACACACACACACACACACACACACACACACACACACGCACAUACACAAAAACACACACACUCAGAGAGAGACAUUGCCAAGCAGUGACUAAAUGUAUAUAAAGUAGUUCUGUACCAGGCUCCUACAUAGAAACUGUAGCUGGCAAGUUAAUGACAAUGUGACAUGCUAUCUCAGACCUUCACAUGAGACCUUCAUGCAGAAAUGAAGGAGAUGCAUCGGCCAGAUCAUGUACAUAUUUGAUAUCCAUUGCAGGUUUAAUGUGCUAUAUGAGUGAAGUGAUGAAGACCAUAAACAUUACAACCUUUGCUUCAGAUAGAUAGAUAGAUAGAUAGAUAGAUAGAUAGAUAGAUAGAUAGAUAGAUAGAUACUUUAUUGAUCCCCAAGGGGAAAUUCAAGAAAGCUUCAGCUGGUUAAUUAAUGCAUGGCACUAAAAUGUAGCAUUAUGUGGCCAGAUGAUAACAUGAAAUUUAAGAGCAGCAUCGGUACUGGAAUUGAGGUACGGUAAAGGAGAAGCUCUUGACAUAAAAUAAAAGAAACAUUAAAGGAGAAAUUUGGCGAAAAAUCGCUGGAUUUCUCCUUUAAGGUAGGACUCUCAGGUGAAUGGCCUCGAGCAAUGGUCGCCAGUUGAUGAAUGUUAAAACUGAACUGGCAAAUGCAAAGAAUGUGUUGAAUAAUGGUAUGAAAACCUCACAUGUGUUAUUAAACAAGAAGUAGGUUAUGGAUAUGAUUAUGGUCCCUCUUCGGGCUGAAACUUCUCAAAUGAAAUUGAACAGUGAGAAGUUGAGCUGUUGUGUUGUUGUGCAGAGGGCUAUUUUUAGCAGUGGAGCCUGCAGAGAGUACGUGGAAAGCUAAUGUGGAAAUAGCUUCUGUGGUGAACCUCCAGGGUUAGCCCAGACCUAUGCUAGUGCUCCAUUGUGUCCCAGUGUAGUGUUUUCAGGGAAAUGGAAGCAGAGGACAUGGUAGAGGGAGAUUUGUACUGUAUCAGGGUGCCUCUCAUGCUUUCCUAUCCCCUCUCUCUCUCUGUCUCUUUCUCUCUCUCUCACACACACACACACACACACACACACACACAGGAUGUACUUCCUGUAACAUAUCACAAGUGUCUUUCUUUCAGUAUGUGUGUGGACAUGUAGGUGUUGUACAUAGAACUACAAUGUACAUGCCAUCUCCGUAUGAAGGCAUUCAUGUAUUGACGUGUAUCUAACUUCAUUUGUUUAUGUGGACCAUGUGGUGUUUUUUUCCUUUACAGAAUUCAUGUUCAUGAAGUAUGAUUCAGUUCUUAAUUAUUCUGUCCUAAUGGUAUUUUGUAUAUUUUGAUUAGUUUGAAGGAUUGUUGUGUAUACAAACACAUAUAUUUGUGUUGGUUUUGUGUGUGUGCAUUUCAAUCAGUUAUUUAGAAGAAUGUUUUAUUUUUCAACCUUCUCUGUCAGUGUCAAGUUAUGAAGAACAGCUCCUCUUUAGCCUGCACUAGCGUUGGCCUGUGCAUAUGAGCUAGUGUACUUUAGCCUGCACUAGCGUUGGCCUGUGCAUAUGAGCUAGUGUACUUUAGCCUGCACUAGCGUUGGCCUGUGCAUAUGAGCUAGUGUACUUUAGCCUGCACUAGCGUUGGCCUGUGCAUAUGAGCUAGUGUACUGGGGUCACGCACCUUCCCAGAGUGCCUUGCAGUAGACGAAACAAGAGCAGCCAGUUACACCUUCACACAACAUAGUCUUUAAAACUGUGUGUGUGUGUGUGUGUGUGUGUGUUUGUGUGUGUGUUGAGUGUGUGUGCUGAUGUGAGAUCACUUAGAAGGACCAAUCUGAGGAGUUUAGUGUUAUGAGAAGUCAUUCUUUACACAUGAAUGGAAAAUGAGAGACAAAACAUUUCCUGGUAGCCUCUGACUCCGGCCUGGAUCUGGCUGGGAUUCGGCUGACAUCAGUGCCACAUCUGGGCCAAAUCAGCACCACGUCUAGAUCAGUUUUGUUCUAAAUCCAGUUCAGAGUCCGCCUUUCUCUCUCUGUGUUCCAUAUGUUAACUGUUUUUGCAACAUACUCCUCUUAAUCUUUGUCUUAAUACUCUUGUACCGUGGAUGUGGGUUUUUCUUUCCAAUUUCUUGUGGGUGUUUUUUGUUUUUUCCGUAACUGAAUGGCUUCAGGAAUAUUUAGUUUGAAGGAAGCAUGGUGAAGGGGGAUCUGGUUUUUCUAGAGAUAACGUGUUUUGGGUGUGCUUACGGUUAUAGACAAUCACUAGUGUGUAUUUAUAGAAGUGUCUGAAGUAUAUAUCUUCGAAGAAGAAAAAUGUGGUAGGCUAUGCUUUGACAUAUCAAUAGCAGAGCUCUCUUUUUUGGCCAAUGAUACUGUGCAAAAACUUUGACCAGCCUCUAAAAUCUGUCUAGCUUUAGUGUCAAGCACUUGAGUUGUGACUGAUUCUGAAACUUUUUAACAGAAGGCAUCAGUAAACCAGAGCAAUGUGUAAAUAUGACCUUGUCUAGGAGUUUGUAUGUAAACAUUAUUGCAUCACACACUUAUAUCUCUCUAUUGAAGUCUUAUGACUUACACCUGGAUUUGACUUUUUUUUUCAACUGACAUUGUGAAAAUGGAUGUUAUGCAAUCAAGGACAAUAACUGAUCCAUGCUACAUUUCAGCUCCAGUUUAUUUCUGUAUGCUUCUCUAGCGUACUGUUGUGUACUCUGACUUAGUACUCAAAUGUGUAUUUUUGUAUUUAUAGAAAUCUAUGUAGAUUUACCAAUGCUAAUUGUGGGGUUCACAUGGUUUGAGUCUGCUAACUUACAAUGGAAAUUAAAUGAUUCCAGACA